UAACUGCCUAAUCUGCUUCAAUUGCUUCGAUGGUCAAGACGUGUUUACGGCUUCCUCGCGGGGCCUAUCAUCGAACCCCUCCAUCCUGCCCCUCAGUCGCCGCGACGCUUGUGUUACAGUCAUAAUCAUAAUAACUCGCACGCAAGCAUCAUCUAUUGGCAAUAGAGACGAGACGGUCGGUGAGAGACAUGGCAACUCCUCGAGUAUUCAUAGCCCGCCACGGCGAAACCGAGUGGUCGCUUAACGGCAGACACACCGGUAACACAGAUAUUCCUCUCACGGAGGAUGGUGAGCGGCGUGUCAAGGCUACUGGUAAAGCCCUCGUUGGUAAUGACCGCUUGAUUGUACCGAGGCAGCUUGCACAUAUCUACGUAUCCCCCCGUAAACGCGCUCAGCGCACUUUUGAGCUCCUCAACCUCGGCAUCAAGGACCCGCUCCCGUGGCACUCGCACGGCGUUGCGCCCACCGACGCACCGGCGACGGACGACUGCCGCGCCCGCGUCGAGGUGACGGAGGCGAUCCGGGAGUGGGACUACGGCGACUACGAGGGGAUCACGAGCCCCGCGAUCCGCGACAUCCGCGAGAAGCAAGGGCUCGGUCGCGACUGGGACAUCUGGCGCGACGGGUGCGUCGGCGGCGAGAAUCCCGAGGAUGUGACACGGCGCGUCGACGAGCUGAUCGCCGAGAUCCGGUCCAAAUACCACGCUCCUGUUAUCGGGAAGCCCAAGGACCCCUCUACGCCCUGCGGCGACAUUCUCAUCGUGGCGCAUGGGCAUAUCUUGCGCGCGUUCGCUAUGCGCUGGGUCGGCAAGACUUUGCCUGAGGGCCCGACGUUUCUACUUGAGGCUGGCGGAAUUGGAACGCUGAGCUACGAGCAUCACAAUAUCAACGAGCCUGCGAUCUUGUUGGGCAGUGCCUUCAUCAUCGGCAAAACGACUUAGACCAUUCCAUCUAUAUAUGCCAGGAUGAUUAUCUUUUGGAAGUCCCCCAGCUGCUUGAUUGCCUUUACUCAUGAUUCUAGAUUUGUCUUCGGGUUAGUUGGAAAGCUUUUUCAUAGAAGCGCCGUCGAAGCAUUGAGUGAUCGUUUGAGGUAUUUGUCAUGAAAUAAUCUACAGAUACGUAGGGAACCUUUAGAUAGAUGCUGCAAUAGACCAGCUACUAUAUAUAAUGAUUAACAACUCUGGUACUAGAGCUGUCUA